CACAUAAUUUAUUAUGAAUGACGAGUUCAGCGUUAAUUUCACUAGAAUUUCAGGGAAUACAAGGUUUUCACGGGCAGGGCCAAAAAUUAAAUCCCGUUUUCCCCCGGCCUGCAUUAUUCUCUUCCUUUUGAGGAACUUAUUCAAGGUUUCCAAAUUUUAAUCUCCCAAAACUAUUCUGAGCUUCACGCGGUCUGCUGCUGUCGCUCAUCAUUAGAAUAAAUUUUUGAGGAAGGGAACGAAGUAAUAUUUACAGAAUACUUGAAAAAUGGACGACGACGUUGAGAUGACGGGGUUCAAGAAAACCCUGCAUUUUAUUGCGGAAGAGGAACUUGGGCCACCAGGAAAGAAUGAUGCUGCCGUCGAUGACAAUUCGGUGGCCGAGUCGUCUGAGGAAUUGUUCACCGGGGAAAAGGGCAUGUUGGUGCGAGAGAUCUGCUACUUGGACCGAGAGGCUCAGGCGCUGAAAGAGCAGCUUUCAGAUCUGGACGACAUGCUUUUGGCAUUGAAAGCUGGGUUUCGGUACAAGAAUGGCUACUUGGACGUUCCCGCUGAUGUUUGGCACCAGGUGUUCGAUGCAUAUGCUGAUCCUGACCCAAAGACGAAAGCGUACAAACAGAAAGAAGUUGAGUUGAAGCAAGAACUCGAUUCUUUGACUGCUGAACUUGCUGGUUUGCAGGAAGAAUCCAUCAAACUUUACAACAAUUACAAGAGGGCGUCCGUAAUGGAUCCGAAGCGAGCUUUGCUGGCGGCUGGCGGCGAGAAAUCCAAUGCGAUCCUCAAGGAGACCAGAGAGGUUUUGGGCGCCAUCAAAGACGUGGACGCCCGUUUGCGAACGACCCAUCAGAAGACGAACGAGGUCAUCUUGGCCUGGGACGGCGGCUACGCUUUGCAAUCCGUCAUCAACGAACUUGCCCGUUUCCUCGACAGAGCCAUGGAAUUCCUCAAACGAUUCAAUGAGGACAUUGAACAGUUUCUCGGCGAACACAGCAUGCCACUCGUCCACAACAAGGACACCCUCAAGGAAUUCUUCAUCGAUCCCUCUCUUGAAGAGAUGUAUUAG